CUGCAUGUCACAGGCUUACUGGCUACUCACCCGCCAAUCAAAAGCCCUAAAAAUAAAUAGAUGAUCGAGCUGUUUUUGUUGGCUAAUACGACGGAUGUCAAUUUUCUGCGCAUCGUGUGGAUGCGGCGUGACGUAUCGGGAAUUCAAUAAAUAGUUUAGCCCGUGUUUAGCCAGAGAAUUUAUAAUCAUUAAAAAUCAUUCAACUUCGAACUAGGUUAGUUUGAUGUUUCGUUCACAAAAUUAUUUUGAAAAUAUUUUACUACUUGAAUUUUAAACACAAAAAAAAACACCAAAUCAGCUGAAACUCCCUACACUGUACCGUACACAAAAGUAAUCACAAUAUUGUUUCUCCUAAAUAGGCUGUUGUAGUACCUCUGGAUUGAACAUAACAAAUGAAAAUGGAAUCAGAGAAAGAAUGGGAUGUAGAACAAUUUAAAAUGGAACAUGAGUGUGACGAACAUUGGGAGUUGAGACGUCGCUUUCUUCUCGCUCAUAAAGACCAAUUUCCCGAGGAAGAGUUGGUGUGUCUGGCACAGGUCUUCACUAACAUAGAAUUCUUAGGAUGUCGUUAUCCAGAGGAAACGAUGCAGCUUGUGGCUGAAUUAUCCCAAGAGAUAGCUGCUGAUUAUCGUGAGAAGCAAAAAACUAAAUUACAACGAACCUUUGUUAAAGCAUCAGAUGCUGCUGGCGCCAAAGUCAAAGGACUAAAUAUCAGUAAACCAGAACCAAGUGGGAAUAAAUCGUUAGCAGGUGAUGAUUCCCAUAUAAACAAAAAGAUCAAACAUAAUCAUAUUUGUCCCACUCAAAUUAUCAAUAAGCGAAAGAAAAACAACAGUUAUACCAAUAAUGGCCCAUUUGGAAACAUUGUAGUCGUUGAACACUCUCAAAAUAACGUUAUAAGUAUUCUUGUGGAUGCAGUGAAUGCGAGUGGACAAAAUUUGGAGUGGAUAUAUGACGAAAGUAUAACAGGAUGGAUAUCAUUUGUGAUUUUCAGCAAAUGUACGAUAAAAAUAAAUCAUAAAAAUCUAGCUAAUGGGCAUGGUUCUAAUAAAAAAUUGGCCAAGCGCAAUGCAGCAACUAAUGGGUUGGAAUUAUUGAAAAAAUAUUAUUAUACCAUUAAGAUUAAGAAAGCAUUCCAUGGCACACCUGAAAGCAUUGUGAGCACAAAGUCUCUGAGUAAUGCUCCAACAGUUGACAAUAUUCUACCUGAUGAUAAUAUAGGGAGAAAACUUAUGCGAUUAAUGGGUUGGAGUGGCAAUGGUCUUGGAAAAUCUCAACAGGGUAUUGUUGACCCAGUAACGGUGCAACAACAGAUCAGUAGAGAGGGACUUGGGUUUACAGCAGGCAAAGCCAGUCAAGAGAUUCUGAAGAAAAAGUUCCAUCAAAUAUUGAAAAACUAUGUGAGCGGUGACACGAGCAGCGACCUCGUAUUCCUCUCCGAAUUUACCAAUGAAGAAAGAGCUCUGAUUCAUCUAAUUGCAAGACAGAUGGGCGUCAAGUCGCACAGUCACGGCCCAAAAAAUGCCCGCACGUUAGUCGUAUCUCGCAAAAUAGAUCCAGCUGAGCUUGUAGAAGAAUUAAAAGAAAGUGGCGGCAUAACUGAAAAAUACGAACUCAUUUAUCCAACGAAAGCCAUGGAUGUAAUUCAAUAAACAUGCUGGAGUCUAUGAAAUUCUACUGAUUCAUUAUGCUCAUUGUAACUUACUAAUCACAGUACCUUAUGUAAUGGAUGAAAAUAUUUUUAAUAAUACAGAAUCAUUGCAUUAAAAA